UAAAGAUAUCCAUAACAUACCUACACAUAUUAGGUCGUAAUACAUAUUGUUCAGAGAGAGCCUGCAGCCAGUUGCUCCAUAACAACUAUUCACAGUCGUAUUUUUAUAUGAGUGCAUUAUACAGUACACAGUCAACUAGUGCGCGAUAAAAUGUUGAGGUCGGUGGUGAGGAGGACAGUUCUUUCCUUGUGUUCGUGCGAAUACUUAACAAUCAUGUAAUCUAAUCCGAGGUGAAAGUUUAUGCAGUGUACAGCGCGACACAGUGGUAUAAUAGUAAAUGUAUCAGAGGGGAAGAACGGCCGCGUGUACUCAACUAAGGAUACUAAAGUGACCGUGUUAGAUUGUAUACUUACCUAACAUUUAUUCGUAUGUAACUUCCCUCGUCCAGUGUAUAACCUAAUAUUAUUUCCUUGCCGCCGAGCAUCGACCUAUCACAUCACGUCAUAUACGAAAGCAUCACUCGCAGAGUAUUACAGUUAGUCAAAAGUCACGAUAUCUGACGAAAAUUUAAAGUUGGUCCAAAACAACUGAAUGAUCUGCACUUGAAGACAGUGCAGAUUUUUGGCUUUGCAAGGAGCCGAAAAUAGCUCUUGUCAGCUGUACAUAGGACAUGAGUGCACCUGCUAUAAAAUCAUCAAUGCCUGGAGUAGGGACUCCAACUGCAUCGUCCGGCCACACCAUGAUGCCCAUGAACAUGGUCUCCCCAAAAGUCGUGCCCCCCACUGAUCAAUCAAGUGGUGGCAUGAAGCCUCUGCCCAACACUAAUCUCAGUUAUAUGACUUUGCAAUCACCAACUCAACCUCUGAGUCUGAUUCAAGAGCACAGGGCUCCUUAUCAGCCUUCUUUCACUAACAACAUUCCAAUUGACCAGCAGCAACAGAUGCAACAACUGCAGCAACAGCAAGUACCGCUGCAGCAGCCGCAACAAUUACAGCCACCAACUCAUCAGCAACAGCAGCAGCAACAGCAACAGCAACAGCACAAAGAACCAGAACAACAAUCUGAUCCUGCUAAAUUAGUUCAAAAUGGAAUGGAGCAGUCCAAGGCUGACAAAGAUAACAAACAGAGCAGUCUUAUUUCGUUGCCUACCAAUGUUGGAACAGUCACAUCUCCUGGCUUAACAUCAUCCUUGGCACCUGCUGUUUCUGUGCACAAUGUAGCUCCCCCUACAAAUGUUGCGAAUAUUGUACCACCUUUGACACAAAGUACUUCAUCAACUUCUACGCCCAACCCAACGGCUGCUGCACCGGCGGCGCAAACUACUCCCACUGUUACUGACAAACCAGCUGUAGAGCAAACUAAACCAAGUGCUUCUGCUGUAAGUGGGGUUGCUUCAGAAGGCCCCAAGAGCUUGGAAGCCGCCAAGCCAGGUCAAGCCACUGAAGUAAAGUCAGGUACCCACGCUUCAGUGUCUGCAGCGCAAAAUAAAGCUGACGAAAAGAAAAGUCCUGGAGAUAGCGGGCUGAAAGAAGAAGCGGUAUCGACUGCAGCUGCUACAAUAUCACAAAAAGUCGUGCAACCUCCAACAACGUUGCAAAAGUCAAACGACAGUACGGCAUCCAAAGCUGAGACGUCUGCACAAAAAUCCCCUGCCAAGGUUCAAACAACACCAACUAAAGCAACGGAGAAUUCCGAGAAAGUAUCUGAAGCCAAGGAUGCCAAAACGCCGACAUCUUCACGUCCUGCUGCCAAGAGAAGGUCUCGCGAUCCAAAGGAGAUAAAGAGUAUAAGCUCGACGCCGAGUGAUGGUGGUGGAUCGAGAUCGAGGCGUAACCGAGUGCCAACAACUCCGUAUCAGAGUCCUUUGCCUGAAUACGCAGCAAUCAUUAAAACUGCGUCCAAGCAGACCCCCAAGAGUGGUGAUGAUAAACUCAUCGUUUUUUACAAGAAUGAGUUUCUAGCAGUUAGGAAUACAGAAGGAAGUUUUUACGUUUGCCAAGCUAUGCAAAAUAUUUACAAAUCAAGCAAACGUAUACGUAUUCGCUGGCUUUCACAAGAAAAAAAUAAUGGAGAGAUUUAUUCUCCAGAUUUCUAUGAUUUUACAGAUUUCGACUGUAUAUUGACGAAUCUUAAUCUAAACAAAGUUGAAAAAAAUAAGUAUCAAUUAACCAAGUACGAACUUCUGAGAACAGAAAAUAUUUUGAAACGAGCUAUUGAUGUUGAAGCUGGUCUUUCUGAAAAACCGAAAGUAACUGAAGAGCAUCCUGAUGGUUUGGAUAUUUCAUUGUACAGAGAUGAAGAUCAACUAAAAAAGAGAAAACGCAAAGGCAGUCCUGGAAAGCCUAAAGCCAAGCGCCAGCGCAAAAAGAGUGAUGAAUCCGAAGAAUCAGAUGAUGAGUCUGAAGAAGAGGAUGAUGAAAGCUCCUCGGAUGAUUCUGAAAAACAAAGCCCAUUAAGUCGCAAAAGGAGUCCAACAAAGAGGGUGGCAAGUAAAGCUACCACAACUCUAUCCACCCCUUCAACAUCAAAGGGUCCUAGCAGGGCUGAGCGAGCCAUGAAUAGGAACAAAGGUGUUACUGCUACGCCCAGCACUUCUGGCAUUGUGACGCCUGUCAAGAAAGCUGUUGAGACAAAGAAGGCUGUAGAACCCAAGAAAGCUCCUCCAAAAGUAGUGCCGAGUACUAGUGGAAUGAACACUCCUGCACAAUCGAGGACUAAGUCGCGUACAGCUGCUUUGACACCGCAACCGUCAACUUCGAUGCAGGAAGCCAAAUCUGCGGUAGCAGGCGGUCGUCCCAAAAGAACAGCCAGCAGCAGCAGCGCCAAUAGUACACCAACAGCAGUGGCAUCAACAACGGCGGUAGUGGCAGCGGCAGCAGCACCAAUUCCUUCGACGAGCAGUGCUGGUGAAGGUCCUUCUUCAGCUCGCAAAAAGCCUCGUGGCCGUGUGUAAGCUACUAAAUCAACGCUCGUACUUGUUACGCGUCACACACAACAGCGUCUGCAUUGUAGGCAAUGUCUACACGUCGUUUGUGCGUUGGUCAUUUUAAGCUGCAUUAGCAUUAACGUUGAAUAAACAUUACAAGAGAUGUCGGUGCACGAAAUGUGCUUUCAAACACUCCCUUCAUUUCUUAAGAGCAUUUUUUAUUUGGAGAAAGUAAUCGGUUUGAGGCAAAGAGAUGAAAAAGUGUGUAGGAUCUGUUGUUGACAUUCGUUAUUUUUAAGGAAAAAAAUAAUUAAUAACGGCUGUCUGAUUUAGAAUGUAUAUAAAAAUAAAAAUGAGAUGGAAGCAAAAAGUAAAUUAUCAUUAAACACAACAAUCCACUGUAUGAUCAGGAAUGACAAUUUAAUCUUAUGCUGUUAGCUUGGGAGAAUUAUCAUAUAUACGGUAGCUUUCAUGAUCAAGAACAAGAUUAGAAUAAUCGAAUCAGCGUGUAGUCACGCACAUCAAUGCUUAAACUUGGCUGAUAGUUAAUUUUUGGUGUUGUAAGUGAAUUCACUUAUUGAUUCGAUUAAACUUGAGUAACAAAACGACCAUACAUUUUUCAUUGAAUAUUAUUAAUUACCCAUGUACAAAUAUUAUAUGUAUGUGUCUGUUGAAAAUAUGUGAGUUAUAUAUAUUCUGUAUAACAGAAGAAAACGCUAUGGAAAUGAAAUGUUGCAAAAAAAAUUAAUAGAGAGGUAAAUGGUGAAUCGAUUUUAAGCAAUUUAAAAAAUAUGGAAGUUUGACAGCCCUUUAGAUUUAGAGAAACUAAUGUAAGUGUAUGAUUACGUACAAAGGCGAUUGACAGCGAAACUGUUCGAUGACUAAUCAUCGAAUUCAAUAUUGAUAUAAUAUACUAAGUAUUCAUCUUCAUAUUACUGUUUUUUGUUUUAAUUUUUUUUCUGUUAAUCAAAAUUUGAUAUGACAAUUUUUCUUAUUUUAUAUUUUUAAUCCUUCAGAGGAUCUUUAUUUGCGUUUGCAAUCAUCUUUCGUGUUAAGAAAUGAAUAAAUAUAUUUAGAGCUAGUGAAAUUUUAUCCAGGUCGGAGAUAUAAAAAAAAUAAAAUUUUUCAAAUGCAAUCUGUAUCCUGAAUGUCAGCGUUUCUCAAGAGCGUUCAAUUUAACGUUCAUGAGAUCUAGAAAAAGCCAGAUGAUCUCUGCACUGGUGCCGCGUAUAUAAUUUAGCCACUUUUAUUACUUUAUUUACUUUAGAUUUGAAAAUCAAGAAACACGCUAGAGGACUCGGAAGCAAUAUUUCGGGUUACAUGUAUAGAUUUUAUUUCACCUUUGUACUUGUCUACUUUUAUCCAAGAAAAACAAUCAGAGUGUAUAUUAACAGUAAAAAAAAAAUAAUGAAAAAAAUAGCACAUUAGUCUACGUUUCGAAUCUACAUAACGGUUUGUUAAAUGUAGCCAAUGUUAUUAUUUCAGAAUGUAUUCAUAUCAACAUUUAUGAUCUUGUGAAUAAUUUUGAAAAUAAAAAUAACUAUAAUAAAUGA